UUUACAUUGUUUCUCGAGCAACUGACAUUAUGGGGCUCAGUGAUCAGGAAUGGCAGAGGGUCUUGGACAUCUGGGGAAAACUGGAACCAGAUCUCCCUGAGCACGGACAGGAAGUUAUCAUCAGGAUGUUCCAGAGCCAUCCUGAGACCAUGGAGCACUUUGCCAGGUUGAAGCACCUGAAGACGCUUGAUGAAAUGAGGAGCUCAGAAGAACUGAAGAAGCACGGGACGACCGUCCUCAACGCCCUGGGCAGAAUCCUGAAGCGGAAGGGGCAACACGAAGCAGAACUCAAGCCGCUGGCACGGAGCCAUGCCACCAAGCAUAAAAUUCCCAUCAGGCACCUCGAGUUCAUUUCUGAAGUGAUUGUUGCCUUCAUUGCUGAUAAAUACUCUGAGGAUUUUGGGGACGAUUCCCAAGCGGCAAUGAGGAAGGCCUUGGAGAUGUUCCGGAAUGACAUGGCUAGCAAGUACAAGGAGUUUGGGUUCCAGGGCUAGCACGGACACAGAGGAGGAGUGCCUCCUUAGAGUGGCGUUGACAUAUGUAACAGCACAGGUGUUGCUUA